AUGAGGUUUGGUAGGAAGGGAAAACUUAGCCCUCGGUACAUUGGACCAUAUAGGGUCAUACGCAAGGUAGGUCAGGUAGCAUAUGAGUUGGACUUGCCUUCGAAAUUGGAAUCCGUACAUCCAGUCUUUCAUGUGUCUAUGCUCCGUAAAUGUAUCGGAGAUCCUUACAGAAUUGUGUUAGUUGAUGACGUUCAGGUCACGGAGCAGCUAUCAUAUGAAGAAACUCCCAUUGCUAUAUUAGACAGACAGAUUUGGAGGUUGAGAACUAAAGAUGUAGCUUCGUCGAAAAGUUGCCUACGGAUUAUGGUUGUUGUGCCUCCAUCAGUACUUGGUUCUAAGAGCUUGAGCCUGCAUGGCUCUCUAUUUGGUUGGCUGUGUUUUGGGCUGGAAAGAAGGAAUGCUCCAUCAAGUGACUUGGCAAUCUUAGUAUAUGUGGAAGUUGGUUUGGAGGAUCCGUAG